GCAUAUGGAUUUGGUUUCUCCGUAACAGAAUAACCGGUGGAUUCCAUAGAUCGAAUUUCAAGUGUAAAGUUCGUUCGUUGUUGUUAACUAACCAACCAACCAAUCAAAGAAAGUGUGAAGAAAAGAAACAAAGAAACCACUCGCAGUGACACAUUUCCAUUCCCUCGGUGUUUUCGCAGCGAGACACGGCCACGCGAAACACAAUUCCACUCCUUUCUUUUCUUUCAAUUUCAAACCUCUUCUUCAUUCUAUGCACCAGUUCCCAAGAUUUCCAUCAUUUUCAUCAUAUAUACCAAGAUUGAUUGUAUAGGGUUUGUAGAAAUUGUAUAAAGAUUUAGAUUCAUCAUCAUGGCCACCAAAGGGAACCCAGGAGACAAUAGAAACAAUAGGAGUACAAUGUCUGUUUUCAUUGUGGUUGGUUUUUGUGGUUUCUUCUACAUAUUGGGUUUGUGGCAAAGGAGUGGUUUUGGAAAAGGUGAUAGCAUAGCUGUUGAGAUUACUAAACAGACAGAUUGCAGUGUUCUCUCUGAUCUUAAUUACGAGACUCACCGCGACGGCGAUGCGGGGACGCCGGAUGAUUCUGAUGAACCGGUCAAGGAGUUCAAGCCGUGUGAGGAUCGCUACAUUGAUUACACGCCUUGUCAUGAUCAAGUGAGGGCGAUGACGUUUCCCAGAGAGAGUAUGAAUUAUAGAGAGAGGCAUUGUCCUCCUGAGGAGGAGAAGUUGUCAUGUCUCAUACCUGCGCCUAGAGGGUACUCGACGCCGUUUCCUUGGCCCAAGAGUCGCGAUUAUGUGCCUUUCGCAAACGCGCCUUACAAGAGUUUGACGGUUGAGAAGGCUGUGCAGAAUUGGAUACAGUACGAAGGAAGUGUCUUCAGGUUUCCCGGUGGAGGAACGCAGUUUCCCCAUGGUGCUGAUGCUUACAUUGAUGGACUUGCAGCUGUUAUUCCCUUUGACAAUGGGAUGGUUAGAACCGCAUUAGAUACUGGCUGUGGGGUUGCCAGUUGGGGUGCAUACCUAUUUAAGAAAAAUGUCGUUACCAUGUCAAUUGCACCAAGAGACUCUCAUGAAGCACAAGUUCAAUUUGCUUUGGAAAGAGGUGUUCCAGCAAUCAUUGGUGUUCUUGGAACAAUAAUGCUACCUUUUCCUUCUGGAUCUUUUGACAUGGCACAUUGUUCUCGCUGCUUGAUUCCAUGGGGCGUAAAUGGUGGAAUGUACAUGAAGGAAGUUGACCGAGUUCUUAGACCUGGUGGUUACUGGAUACUUUCUGGCCCCCCCAUCAACUGGAAGACUAGCUACCAAGCAUGGCAACGUCCUGAAGAAGAGCUUGAGGAGGAGCAGAGGCAGAUUGAAGAUACUGCUAAACUUCUUUGUUGGGAAAAGAAACAUGAGAAAGGUGAAACUGCAAUCUGGAGAAAAAGUUUAAAUAAUGAUGAGUGCAAUGAACAAGAUACUCAACCUACAAUAUGUGAAUCCGCAAAUUCGGAUGAUGUUUGGUACAAGAAGAUGGAAAAUUGUGUUUCUCCUUCUAAACAUAGUGGUUCAUGGAAGCCAUUCCCAGAGAGACUCUAUGCUGUUCCUUCCAGAAUUACCAGUGGAUCCGUUCCUGGUGUUUCCGCUGAGGUAUUUGAGAACGACAGCCGAUUAUGGAAGAAGCAUGUGAAUGCAUACAAACGGAUCAACAAAAUCAUUGACUCAGGUAGAUAUCGCAACAUAAUGGACAUGAAUGCUGGCCUAGGAGGUUUUGCUGCUGCCUUGGAUUCUCCCAAAUUAUGGGUUAUGAAUGUUGUGCCUACAAUUGCGGAGAAAGCUAGCCUGGGUGUUAUAUUUGAGCGAGGAUUGAUUGGCAUUUACCACGACUGGUGUGAAGCCUUCUCCACAUAUCCAAGGACCUAUGACCUUAUCCAUGCAAAUGGUGUUUUCAGCCUAUACAAGGAUAAGUGUAGUGCAGAAGACAUUUUAUUGGAGAUGGACCGGAUCCUACGACCUGAAGGAGCAGUAAUAUUUCGGGAACAAGCAGAUGUGCUAAUGCAGGUGAAAAGAAUUGUAAAAGGUAUGAGAUGGAAUACAAAAAUGGUGGACCAUGAGGAUGGUCCACUGAUUACAGAGAAGGUGUUGUUUGCUGUCAAGCAGUACUGGGUUGCAGGUGAUAACUCCACAAGCUCAGAGUGAUGAUGGCCCAAAAGCAAUAUUUGAAUGGAAGAAUAGUUCCAAAAUGACCGUUGACAAAAUGAUUCUCCUUGUGAUUUGGAUUCAUGGUAUUUUCGGCUGAGUAAGAAGCUUGGGUCAUGAGAUUGUCUUGUGUCUCAGUAGGCAUAUGAUUAUUUGUUUACAUGUAGAGUUAAUGUAGAUGUCAUGUCACAUAUUUUAUGGUUCAUAAGUCAUAGUCUAUUAGUCUUGGCUUAGCUUCUCCGAGUCACACUUUUACUUCUCCUGAAAAAGACGGGACUCUCUUGAGAUCAUCAUCGAGUUGAUGUUAUGAUCUUAAAACUUAGGUUAUGGUAGAGCAGGGUUUUGGCUUUUACAUUUUUAGCUUCAUUUUUGUUGGCAACUUUCUCCUGCUAUAUGAAUUAAUUUUAGGUGUUAUUAACUCUAUAACUUUUAUCAGUUCCAAUAGCUCUGGUUCCUGGCAAUUUUUAAGUAAAGUUGUGGUUGGUUACCGGAUGAA